GGGUGGCUGGUGCGGGCGGAGGGCGGUGGCCGAGGAGCUUCCGGGAGCCCGGGCGCGGGCACUUCCCGGCGGAGCCUGCAGCGCGGGGCCGCGUAGACUUUAAGAAACAAUGCACAACAGACACACGGAAAAGUGCACAGAUCCCACCGAACCACUUUUCACAGGCUUUCUUGUGUAACCUGCAUCCAGAACAAUGGAGACACCAAGGCCUAGAAAGACUGUUGAAGGCUAUGGUCAGCAUGAGGUGCAAAUCCAUUCCAUCUGCGGGUGGUCAGCAAACCUUCACCAUUUUAUGACAUUGUUUCCCUAGCUGACAGCAUUGACACAGGAAGUCCCUCUAAAGAGCUGCUGGUCCUCUGUUUUCCCAGAGCCCGAAUGCACUCCUGGCCAGGUGAAGCAAAGAACAGUCAUCUACUCAGGUCAUACUUUGAUGGCUGUUCCAUGAAGUUAAGACAGGCUGUCUUGCCCCUUGCUGCUCCCCUGAUGCCUGCUCUCCCAGGAUUAGUUUGGAGGCCUGCACUAUGGCUUCCUCCUCUUCCUCCUCCAUCCCAGCCUCUCGAACUCAGUCCAAGAAGCCUCGAGACAAGAUAGCUGACUGGUUCAGGCAGGCUCUGUUGAAGAAGUCCAAGAAGAUGCCAGUCUCUCAGGAAAGCCACCUCAGUGACGCUUCACAGCCAGCCACACAAGAUGGCCUCUCACCCUCAAGCCCCAGCUCACCCUCAAGCCGUAGCUCACCCCAGAGCGGCAGUUCACCCGCGAGACGCAGUUCAGGAGUGUCUCCUGCCUCGUCACCAACACAUGUGGACAGCAGCUGCAGCAGUGGCCGCUGGAGCAAAGACUACGACGUCUGUGUGUGCCACAGUGAGGAGGACUUAGAGACUGCCCAGGAGCUGGUCUCCUACUUGGAGGGUUGCAGGGCCAGCCUGCGCUGCUUCCUGCAGCUACGGGAUGCCACCCCAGGAGGCGCCAUCGUUUCUGAGCUUUGCCAGGCGCUUAGUAGUAGUCACUGUCGCGUGCUACUCAUCACCCCGGGCUUCCUUCAGGACCCUUGGUGCAAGUACCAGAUGCUGCAGGCCCUGACAGAGGCCCCGGGGUCGGAGGGUUGCACCAUACCCCUGCUAUCUGGCCUGACGAGAGCCGCCUACCCACCAGAACUCCGAUUCAUGUGCUAUGUGGAUGAGAGAGGCCAGGACCGAGGCUUUUACCAAGUCAAGGAGGCUGUCAUACGCUGUAAGACACCAGAGGGCCGGGCAGGGGAUCUGGAGACACUAAGUUGACACUUAACAUCCAGUUUUCGUGAGAAAAGCUGGAAAUAGCUCACACCAGGCCUUGGAUUCCAGUAGAGGCAUCAGGAGGCAGAGAGAGCUGCACCGUGUACAUGACACAGGAUCAAAUUGCCACCAGCUUCCAUUACUGUGGCCUCUACAAGAUGGCCAGGCAGAAGAUGGGACCCGCCCCCAAGAAGACCAGGAGGAAGAUGGGGAUUCCCCAAGAAGGGCAACAGGAAGCCAGGGACUCCCCCAGGAAGGCAACAAGGAAGUCAGAAAUUGGAGUUGUCAAGAGAUCGUGGUAUCAGGAAGGUCAGCAAUGUCUCGUCUGCUGCUUAAUGGGACAGGAAACUGACACACAGCUGUCUUCUUCCCCUAGAAACAGGCACUGGGGUAAAUAGGUACCACUCCUCAAGAGGGAUGGGCCUGAUUGAUGAGCUGGAAG